UCGGAAGAAAACUCGGUUUCCCAUCAGUCUUCACCAUCCGGUUCCAAGGGAAGGAAGAUGGCGGCUACGAAUGAAAUUGGGAUGCCGCUGCGCUCCUGAAACGCGAAAAAGCUUUUUGAUGCUUUGUUUUAAAUAUUGCUCCAUUAUUUUAUUAACCACAUGAAUUUUAGACGCUGGCUUUUAUCUCAAACAUCGUAAUAUUGGACUGAAGUAAGCUGCUCACUUCGUUUGCCUCGUUGGAACUAUGGUGUGUUUUUCUGAAGAAACCAUACCAAUUUGACACAAAAGUUGAGACUUGACGAAUCAGCAGGCAGAGGCUGACAUGAAACGGUUUUCUCAUGGUACCAUUUUCAUGUGAGGGGUUUUGUCCUUCAAGUCAAAAAAAGCUUUCUGCACAAGCGGUUUUUAAACUUCAUGGACUUGAUUCAAACACCAGGCAUCAAAAGAAAACCCUCCACCUCCAAAAGUGCAUUUUAAAAAAUUUGCAGCACCCUGCUACUCCCCUCAUAUCUCCGUCAUUCCUUCAUCUGAUCCACCUUCAGACUUAUCCUUUGCCUCCUCUUUAAUGGCAUCCCUUCAUUUCCCCAAAACCUUGUAAGAAAACAGAGGGAGUUGUGCAGGGUGUCUUCUGUUUCUACCACUCUUGCUACUUAAUCUCUUUCGAGAUCUUCCACCUACUCCACCUGUUUGGAUUACUCUACUUAGGUGUCAAUGAAGCAAAGAGUUGAUUGUGAAGUUGAUGGCAGGAAAAGGGGGAUGGAUAACCCUUUCAAUACAACUGAUAGGAAUAAAGAAAGAAUGGUAGAGAUUGAACAAGGAGAAGGGGAGAAAUAUGACCCCUUUGACCCCACUGGUUCUCCAGUGUCAGAUGUGGAUGACGGAGAUGAAAUAGAGGAGGUAAUCAAGAGACGUUUUGAAGAAACUAAUUCAAAGAAAGAGGCAGAACCUCCAGAUUCUACAGAAACCUUGGCUGGCCUGGCAAGUCCUUGUUUGACAAUCGAACUACCUCACAGGAGGAAAGUGGAAAGCAGGACCGCCAAAGCUAAAGGCAAGAUAGAGAAAAUUGACUCUGAUUGUUCUGAGAUUGAGGAGGGGGAGAUAGUCGGAGUUGCAGACAAAGAUGGUAACAAAAGACCUACUGUGGAAGUGUUAUCCAUUUUAACUCCAGAAAUGUCCUUCUUUGGUUCAAAACAAGAGCGCAUUCUCCGGGUGCUUGAGGGAGACCAGUUUGUGUCUGUAUGUACUGAAGCAAACUGGGAGGAUGACCGAAAGCUUGAGGAUGAGCCUGUGGUGGGAGUGGAGGAUCUUAGAAGAAAGUUGGUCAAUCGGAGGAAGGAACGGUAUCUAUCUUUUCCUGCUUCUUCCCCGCUCUCUCCUCAGCCUCUAAUGUCUCCUACCCUUACUCAACCAAGCGCAUCAUCAUCAUCGCCUCUCACACUUUCUGUAGAGCAAAACACCAAGAAUCCCAAGUCCUCUGGGAGUUUCAAGGACCACAUUCAAAAGAAAAGCAAGGAAAGGAAGGCCGGGGAUAAGGAAGUUCGGAAAAAAAAGAAAAGGAAAGGCAAAGAAGGAGAUCAGAAGAGGAGCAAAGAAAAGGAGCAAGAACACAAAGCUGGGAAGGAGGUGAAAUCGAGGAGGAGCAGCAGGAGCAGUAGCCGGAAGAGGAAGAAAAGACACUACAGCAGCCCAGAUGUCUCACAACCGUGCAACUCUUCAGGAAAAGAGGGUCACUCUCAGCGCUCUUUUUCAAGCUUAUCAGAGGAACGACACAGAGACAGGGAAAGAGACAAAAAUCGAGACAGAAUUACAGAUAGGGACAGAGAGAGAGACAAGGAAAGAGGCCGAGAAAGAAGUAAAGGAAGAACCAGAGACAGGGAGAGAGAUCACAACCGAAGCAGUAGCCGUAGAAGAAAUGAAAGGAUGUCAGAAUCUAUGUCUAGAAAGAGAGAAACUGACAUAAGCGGGAAAAAGCAUUCAAACAGCAGAGAGCGUGGCCUCUCUAAGAGGUCCAAAAGAAGUAGGGAAAAGAGGGAAAAUUGUAGACACCGCGAGAGGGAUGCCCGCCCUGUUGUACCUCCAUCUAUUCAAGACCUUAAUGGAUCCGACCUCUUUGCUAUCAAGAGAACGAUUACAGUCACAACCACCACUACCACCACCACCGUACCUGGCUCUCCGAGACUAUCAUCUCCCUGUCGUUCAACACAGGUUGUUGAUCCCUAUAAGAAAAAAAAAAGAAAAUGGAGCUCACCUGGAGACAUGGAGGACCAGAGAAGUUGUCACAGCCAAUCACAGUCACUCUCACCAUCAAGGUAUCACAGUUACAUGUCAGACCGCUACUCGGAUAAGUUGGAAAUUGACAUGUUGUCUUUGGAUGGUGAAGCUUUGGAUUCAGACUAUCCGUCUUUGGAGGAUACACCUCCUGCUGCUCUGCCUCCCAAACCACCAAUCACCUGCUCUAAAGCUAAAACUACCUCCAAGACUGGACAAACCAACCCAAAAAAGAAGUCUCACUCACUAAAAAAAUCUGAAUCCUCAUCCAACAGAACUACAAGAAAAUGCCUCUCUUCACUAAUGGUGAGUUCGGGCUCGGCCUCCACCGCACCAAGUAUUGCUCCCGUCAAGCGAGCCAGAAAAGUGGGAAAAGACAAAGACCGUGACAAAGGCAGUAGAAAGGAAAUCAAUCGUCCCAUUAAAUCCAAGAAGGAGAACAGCAGUAGUCGUAAAAGUAAGCUUCAGUCCAAGGUGUCUGUGCUCGUCCGUGAGGGCGUGAGCAGCACCACGGGGGCUUCAGUUGGUUCUGGAAAGCUUAGCAUGGACCUCCUGGGACAAGGAGGGACAGGAGGGGGGGCUGGGAGCUCAGUUGUGGGUGGCUCGAUUGCAGUGGUCUUCUGUAGGGACAAUGAAAGCCGGUCACCAUUUCUCAAACCUUGCUCGGAGCCACUGUCACUGGGUGUACGCAAUAAAGUGGGGGCUGCACCAUCUCUAACUAGUCCCUUGAUAAGGAAGUCCAAGAAAACAAAACCCAGCUCGAUCACAUCCACCUCCUCGUCUGCAUCCUCUCCAUCAUCAUCUCUGCCAACCAAGCGCCGGCAUCGCCCGGCCAAGAAGACGAGAGAGAAAAAAGGAACUCGACCGGCAGCCGAUGGCAACCAAACUAAAGCAGCGUCUGAAUCCUGGGAGGGAUCCUCCUUUGAUGUUCAGUCAGCUGGUGGAGAGGGCAGCAAGUCAGCCAGUCCACAGAUCGACCAACCAGGCCCUGUGCCUUGUUCCUCAUCUUCCUCGACGUCCUCCUCCUCCACCGCGCCCCACCCCCCGGCCUCUCCCCCACACACACCUCCAACGGCGGCUGCUUCUCUGCGUGACAACAGGGAGUCUUCGCCGGACUCUCAGACCGUGGACAGCAGCUGUAAGACACCGGACCCUUCUUUUCCGGCCGACGAUCACCCGGCUCAGACCAGUCCUGCCCCCCUUGCCUCCAGUCCACCCAGUGUGCCCACUUCUCAUGGAGCCAGUCUCAGCAACGCCUCGUGCACCCCAGCGGCCAAGCCGCCGCCUCUAGAUGAUGCACCAAAAGCCCUGGCUUCUCCUCCUUGUUCAUCUUCGUCAGCCAACAGUGGCCUGAACUCCCUUUCUGGUACUCUGUCUUCAUUGGACUCCUCAUCCUCAGUGUCCUCUUCAUCUGCUAGUAAGCCCCCCCCUCCCCCCGUCCCUCUAGCAGCAUCUGCCCUCCCCUGGAGUCUACAAACUGGAGUGGACUGCACAACUGGAGGCGUUUUAGCAUUAACUGCUCUGCUCUUCAAAAUGGAGGAGGCCAAUAUAGCCAGUAGAGCAAAAGCGCAAGAGUUAAUUCAAGCAACCAACCAGAUCUUCUCACAGACCAAUCAGAGCCAGUCCCAGCAGCACGCUCCUCCCUCCUCCCCCUCCUCGUCCUCACAGAUCCCCCCCCCUCCUACUUUGCCACCCCCCUCGGGUCUUAGUCCAGCCCAGUUCAUCCUCCACGGCUCUCUCCCAUUGGUCAGCUGCACCAAAACUCCACCGUCUCACCUGCACCCCUCCAUGGGGGGCGGCUGCGCCCAGACCCCCCCCUCCGUGGUGUCGGUGGGGCUGUCGGGGGUGACUGGGGGCUCCUGCGACAGCGGAUGGGACAAUGAGAGCAAAGACCCAGAAAAGUAUCUGAAGAAGCUGCACACACAAGAGCGGGCUGUGGAGGAAGUGAAACUCGCAAUCAAACCUUACUAUCAACGCAAAGACAUCAACAAGGAUGAAUACAAAGACAUCCUCAGGAAAGCUGUACACAAGAUCUGUCACAGUCGCACUGGAGAAAUCAACCCCGUCAAAGUCAGCAACCUCGUAAAGCUGUACGUCCAGCGGUACAAGUACUUCCGGAAACAUGGUCGGAAAAUGGUUGAGGAGGAGAGGGAUGCACUACAUUCCUCUGCCUGAUUAGACUUUUCAUUUAUUUCUUUGUUUCUUUUUUUGACUACCACCCACACAGCCCGGCAAGGCUGAAAAUCCAUACUGUCUGUCUUUUUUUUCCCUCCAAUCAAUACUUUUUAUUGUUUUUCAAAACUCAUUCUGUCUGUUCUCAUGUCAUUGCAGAUUCCUGUAUCUCUAUAUUCUAAUUGUAAAUAUAUCUCAAAUAUAGUUUUUAUUAUGAAUAGUUUCAGGAAACGGAGGCUGUCUUGUGUGAAAUAAUACAUUUCAGUACACAACCUUGCAAUAAAUACGUUUUUAAAGAUGAAACGUUAGUUUUUUCCACUGUAUCUAGUAGGCAUUUCAUAAUGUUGAAAAGGCUGAGAGACCCGCCACAUCUCAUCCACAUCUACGUCUCUUUGUAUCUAAGCAUUAGCUGUCAGUGAGUUUUACAACAGAAUUUUAAACCUUUGAGUUAUUGUAUUUUGUGCAUGUGUACCUGAACUGGUUUAAUUGAUAACAUUUCUUUAUAUGAAAUCUUGCCCUACCAAAUAUAAACACGUCAAUUCAAAGACUGUCAAAGUACACGUCCUAGCAACAGCUGGAGUGCCGGAACCUUCUGGAGCAGGAGAAGCCUGCAACACCAGGGAACUCACAGGGGGAACAGUCAUUUAGUAUACUUUCUACCUGGUAUGAUGGACCUGUUGAGAAUAAACAUUUUUUUUAAAAGUUCAGAUUUAAGUUACAAGAUGCUGCGAGUCAACAGUAUAGAUUUCCUAGAAAACCUUGAAAGAGCAGUUUCAGAUUUGGCAUUACCAGGUAUUCAGAGGUGGUUCUACGAUUUCUGUUCACAAAUAAGCACGGAUGGAUGCAUCUUAAGAUGCAACAAGCCUCUAGAAGCGUCGUCCCAACAUAGACUGGUGGAUUUCCUAGGCGUUAGGAUAAAUUGCCUUUGCAGCUUCAGACUCGUCACAAAUUUGUCAGACAAGGAAUCAGGUCACUAGAAUGAAUUUUCCACUUUGGUCUUAUCCUUGAGCUAAAUCAAGCCCCAGCCACCUUCACUACUGAUAAACUUCAACCAGUUGGACCAUUUGAACAUAAGUGUGCUUUAAAAAACACUCACUAUUUGGUCUUAAUGGCAAAUCUGCUGAUUGUUCCAAUUUUUUAUACUGCUGAUGUUUUCAUUUCAAAAUGAUUGUUUUCCCAGUCUGAUUUACAAUAUCUUGUAUAGAUAGUGUACCGAUAACUGCUUAUACGUUGUGCCUUGGAGACACUUAUUUCCAUACUUAAGUGGCAUACUUCUGAUCAGUUAGCUAUGCAGUUCUGGGGUGCACGGCUCCAAUAACUUCUGAAUGUUCAUAUUGCUCCAUAUAUGUUGAACUGCCCCAAGUAACAACAAAAAACAUGAAAAUGUGGCACCAAGGAAUAACAUAUUAGGAUGUAUUUUUGUUCGGCCCUAAUUAUCUGGCACGUCCCCAUUGUUGAGUGAAUAUCAUGCUUGAUCAUCUGAAUCAUAUUCUGUAAAAAAAAAAGACCCAAAAAAAGCUUUUUGUUUUUCAAUAAAAGCUAAGCAGACAUAAAGA